CACAAACUGGUUUUUACCAAUACAAGCCCUGGAAAGUAUCCACCACCAAAACAAAAUCCGUUUAGUGUUCUUGUGGUCUGGUAUCACCUCUCGCGGGUUGUAACCGGGAUUUUUCUUUAUAGCUUGGGGAUUUUCCCCCCUACUUAUACGAGACGGUCGUGCCAGCUGGGCAAAUUAUCGAGUUGCACUUCGCUGCUCGGAGGUCACACGGGCACUUAAUUGUCAAUGGGUUUGGAGUAUCGUUUUAUGCGGCGACUGGAGUUUCUAUGACGAUAUGAGCUGUCAGCAGACGAAGCGGUUGAGCUACUGAACCCACGUGGGAUCACUGGACAGACACAAUUUUGGCAACAGAGUGAAAUUCGGCCCUUCUUCAGAAAGAAGCUACCUAGAAAUAGCCUCGGCAGCAAACCCAUGGAAACAUCACUCUGAAACUGUAUCGGAGCUACCAGAGGACGAGAUUAUAAAGAAACAUUUCUACGAGACAUCGAUCGAUUUUUUUACGAGAUCAUCGUUGACAUUUGCAGCUUAAGAAAGACGAGGAAACGACGAAAACCUUACUCGACCAGAAGAUUUUAGUGAACUUUCCACCGUAUUUUUGAGGCCUCAUUCAAGAAUUAUUUUGGUGUCCUACAGACGUGAAUUUCGGCAACCAACUCGGCGGAAAAUCCAAGCAAGUAUUUCGUUAUUUUAUUGUCCUAUUUUUUUCGGCACAGUUUCGCACUACGACCACUGAAGCCAAACCGUAUACCAACACGCGUACUGCGAAUAUAGCGCAAUUCGCCACAGGAGUUGGUCACUGAACUUGGUGGAUUUGGGAUAUUUUUGGCGGUACUGGUGAAUCAGAAAAGACAGGAACGGCACAGCUAUGGACCGCAAUGAGGAUUUGAUGGCGCAGGUUACGGACUACGACAACUCCGUCCAGCAGACCGUGUUGUCCGACCACGCCUUGGCCGUGCAUCAGCAGCACCAUCACCACCACCACCAGGCGUCCGCCCGGAGUUUCUCGGUCUCGCACCUGCUCAACCUGGAGCACGUGCCGGACUUCGGCGACGCGGCCUCGCUGGGUGACGGAGCGGGGCAGAACGGCGCGUUGGACGGCGGAGAUGACGCCUCGUCGGGCUGCUACGAAGGGGGAUCGGAGGAGGGAUUAACGCCGGCCCAGGUCAAGCAGCGGAAGAAGCAACGACGUAACCGGACGACGUUCAACACGGCGCAGCUCGACGCGUUGGAGCGCAUCUUCGAACGGACCCACUACCCGGACGCGUUCUUACGGGAGGAACUGGCGAGGAAAGUGGACCUGAGCGAGGCUAGAGUACAGGUAUGGUUCCAAAACCGGCGAGCCAAGUUCCGUCGCAACGAGCGCAGCCACCAGGCGGCCAAGUCCUCGGCUCGACGCAGCGCGGGCAAUGUGAACGGCGUCAGCGUGGAGCAGCCCGUGGCCGCCCGUCCCUGCCCCGUCACCAACCCGGCCGAUUUCGCCUCGUGGAACCCCACCACGUACAGCCGGCUAGCGGGCACCGUCAGCAUGGCCCCCGGCAGCGCGCCCACCACGCUCAUGAACCCGUGCAUGGUCAACGCCGACAGCGCUCCCGGAGUCGGCGUUGGGCUGGGGAUCGGGCCAAGUCUGGCCAACCUGAGGCUACGGGCGAGGGAAUACAGCAUGCAUCAAAUACCACUCAUGUGAAACUGAUUUAUAUGAUUAGGCUUUAAUUUGUUAAGUCGGCCAUCUACUGAAAUUUUGUGAAACAUUGGAUAUUAUGCCAAGGAGCAGAAACGUGCAGACAUUUCUACAACUAAGUUCAAGUAUUUUAAAGACUUUCUCCUACGUAAUUGAAGAUCGUACAAUUUUAGGUCAAUUGACAUAUUUCGCUCCUGAAAUAUUAAAAUUUUGGAUGGCGAGAGAAAAGGAGAUGUUUUGUAAAAACAACCACACGUUGAACUUAAGCGACUUGAUGCACCGCUCAAUGAAGUCGGGUACCCUGUCUUCCCUUUUGGAUUUCGGCCGAGGAACGGAUGUAUAACAUCGAACUAAGCGACUUUCGCACAAAAGUGACUCCCAUGAUGCACGCUCGAUGAAGACGGGUACCCUGUCUUCUCUCUCGGAUGUCGGCCGAGGACCUAAUCACAACAGCGGCAACUUCGUGUCACUUCACCCGUUGCCUGAUGUGAUGUACAUGUACAUACUUUAAAACGUUCACCUGGGAAACUUUUUUGCCUGGCAACAACAAUAGGUUUUAGGUAAAUUGAUUAAAAUGCAUGCAUGUUUCCAAGAGAGGCUGAUUCUCCAGAUACAGAAGGUAUUUUGCUUAACAGGUUCAGCAGUGACUAUUUUGGUUUAAUGUUUCACCUUUUUAAAUAGGCCUUGUUUGUCAUGCGAUAAGAAUAGAUCAAAUAUUGUAAGUGGUCGAACGAUACAAUGCCAUGGACAUGCCUUAAGAUUGUCUGGAAUUCCACCGUUCACACACCUUUCAACUCUUACUUA